AUGCCACAACCAGAUGCGCCAGACACGGUAGCACCAACAUUCAGUCCCACCAAACUGAGUCCAACCAUCACCAGGAAGACUACUCGCUCAGCUUCCAACAUUUCUGGUAAUUCAUUCGAGGCGCCGUCUGCGUCCGAAAUUUACGCAUCUUACGAGCACCCGUUGUUCAUGGUCUUUGGCCUGUCACCCGAGUUCUUUGACGGUCUCAAGAAGCACCAUGGAAAACUUCCCAAAGAACGCAAGUCACUAGUUGGCGCACUUCCAGAGCGCUCACCUACCCCGGAAGAAGCCUCUGAAACUGACGAUGAGAGCGCCGAAGAGAGUGAGGUUGAAGUGCCUGUUGCGCCUCCGCCAGCGCCAAGAGGUCGUGGACGCGGUGGUCGAGGCUCACGUGGCGGACGCGGUCGAGGCGGUCGCGGCAGAGGCAGUCGAGGAGGACGCGGUCGCGGCGGUACCUCAAGAGGGACUUCAUCUGCGCCAUCAAAAGCUUCUCGCAAUGCUGCCGCCAUGUUUCCACUUACAGAAGAUGAUGAUGAUCAGCCAUCCAAUCAGAGCACACCUAACGGCACCGCCAAGCCAUCUAUGCGACUACUCAACAACAACCGUCUGCAUAGCUCUGAUGAUGAGAACGAAGAGGCGAUCGAGGAUGACGAGAGCGAGGCCGAGUAUGAUCGCAUAGACGUUGUACAGAAACCAUCCAGAACACCCCAAGGUUCUGCGCCACCCGGUCAAGACUCACUCGAAGGCGGUUCACAUACAUCAGCACCGACACGCGAGUCAAGACCAGAGCCCACGUCUAGGAGAUCUACCAAGCUUGCGGUUCCCAAGAUCGCGCUGCCAGAGUCAGCCUCACAGACACCGCGAGAUUCUGCAUCGACGCCCGCUGAGUCCGCAGUCCCAAAACUGCUAGAGCCUGAGGAGGAUGUGCUCUCCGAGUCAGAUCUUCCCGAUCCCUUCAUCGAAGACGCGCCUUCUCCGAUCGAAGCCGAGUGCGAAGAUAGAGCAGACUACCUCCUGCAGAAGCGCUUCAAGCCGAUGACUGACGUACAAGCUGCUAUUGCCGCCUUGACGAAGUUUCCAGCAGCGCAACGGAGUACUGAGAAUCUCUAUGCUCUGACGCAGAACACGCAACAGAUCCUCAAAGCUUGGCAGGACGAGUAUCUCGUGUUGGACGCAAGGGUAUGUUACUGUCAUCCUUUCAUAUGUAUCCACUAA